AGUGGGAAGUCAACGGAUCGGCAGACCGUGUUAUGUAUAAUCAACAAUGUCCAUUGUUUUUGUAUAUAUUAAAAAGCUUCGACUAUCCUUAUAAUAUAGGCAGAUAUUAAACAUUAUGCAAAAGAAGUUAUUCUCUACAGUUGUAUCUGAUGAUAUCGAUCUUUAUUGAACUUUAUAACUACUAUCGCGUAAUCGUAGUAGUAGGACUGAUUAACGGAACAGCCAAGUAUUUCAGUUUGUUAUCAACUGCCGACAGUGGGGAGACGUGAGACGUAUGUGUGUAUUGCUUGAACUAAGUAACGGAGAGAGACGUUAAACGGAAUUUUAUUUCGAAUGUGACAAAUAUUUAAUGGAACAUCUUAGAUCACAAGUUGUUAACCCUCAUGUAGAGAGGGUUAUCAAAAACUUUCAAACAUCAGCCAUGCGGAGUUUACAAGGGCCAGGUCCCGCUGGAUUUCUUUCACCAAGUGACAUUGAGGAGUACCGUAAAGCACUUAAAAAACUUCCGGAAAAGGGGUUGGAGUUUGAUCCUCUCAGAGGACCUCCGCCCUUCCCUGUGCAACAAUUUCCAGUAUUUGCGCCCGUGGAUGCUACUAAAAGUGAAAAAACGGAUACUUUGUUAGAAACCGAAACCAUUGCUUGUUUUGAAGUUGGAGGUGAAAAAAGGUUGUGCUUACCGCAGAUUCUAAAUACAGUUCUGAGGGAUUUUAGUUUACAGCAAAUAAAUGCUGUGUGUGACGAACUUCAUAUUUUUUGUUCACGGUGUAAUCCUGAGCAGCUUCAUACAUUAAAAAUGACAGGGAUUCUUCCAUUAGGGGCACCGAGUUGUGGACUUCUUACAAAAACUGACGCUGAAAGACUGUGCAAUGCACUUCUUCAUAGGGCACCUGCUAAAUGUUCAGAACCCCCAACACGAGACAGCUUUAAAGUAUAUCAUGAAUGUUUCGGGAAAUGUAAAGGGAUCUUUAGUCCUGAAAUGUAUGUGGAACCCGUUGCCAAAUGUAUUCAGUGUGUUGACUGUAUGGGAUCAUUUUCACCAAGUGAAUUUGUUCGUCAUUCGCAUAAAGCGCUUGAAAACAGAACUUGUCAUUGGGGAUUCGAUUCAUCACAUUGGAGAUCUUAUUUAUUGUUGGCUAAAGAUCAAGAAAACCGUGAUCGAGUGAAAGAGGUAUUGCAGUACAUGAAGUCAAGAUUUGAUACUUCAAAGAAAUACAAACGAAAGCAGCGAACAGAAAUCUGUGACCCAACAGAGCUUAAAAGAUCUAAAAGUGAAGAAAGUGGAAGUUCUAGUGGGUCAUGUAGUAGCUCGUGGUCAGAAUCAUCUGGAGUACGUGGUUUAUCGGCAUUUACACCAUGGUCAUCUCUGGCGUUGAAAGACGGAAAACUGCUUCAUAAUGCAUCUAUACUCAGAGAGAACUUCCCAGGAAUUCCUGCAUACCUACAGUCUGGACCUCCUGUUUUACUGAAUCCAGAUCGAGUAGUACCUUCAUCUGAAUCAUCGAGAUAUGAAAGAGGUUUUGCUCCUAAUGUAUCCUUGGCUCCUGCAUCCAAACACAAAGAUGAUGUUGAUGAUAUCAGUGAUGAUGAGGAAGACAAGGAACCAGUCAAAUCAGAAACUGAAAGGUCAUCCAGGUCACCAGCUUCAAGAGAAUGGGAUCUCCCAAGUGAAUCUGAUGACUCUCUUCACCUUUCAGAUGGAGAAGAGACCGCUGCAUCUUCUCCAGAUCUGAAAGCUUCCUUAGAGGAAGAGUUACAGUUAGUACAAUGCAUGCUGGACAAAACAUCAUUGAGUCAGGAAGAAAAAGAUAAUUUCCUGGUCAAACUUGGAAAAGUUCAUUCAAAGAGGGACGAGCAGUUCAAUCAGAUGGUCAGGAUGAACAGUACUUUAAGAAAGGAGCUUGAGGGCUUGAAGAAAACAAUGAAAGAGAAACUAGACAAAAUGGUAGAAAAAAAUGAAAAACUAACUAAACAAUUAGAAAGAACAAGGAUUGAAACAGAAUGUCGAUUAGAGGAAGCUAAUGAGGAUAAGGACAAACUGGUCAAGGAGAUCAAAAGGUUACAAGGUCAUGAAGAAGUUGAGACUUCGAAAUAUGUACAGAUUAAUGGAGAAUUACAGACCCGUUUACAUCAGUAUGAACUUUUGUAUGAACAAGUCCGACGUGAUAACAUGAUAUUACAAGAUGAACUACAACGCUCUGGUGUCAUGGUAACGGAACUAUUGUCAAAACAAAGACGUUUUACUCUUCCAAAUUCUCCACAGGUGUCGCCACGGAAAUUGUCGCCGAACUAUGACCAGGUCAAAAAAGAACGAGACACAUGAUGAAAUUGCUUUUUGAUAAAUUAUUGUUUAAAUUUGCACGGUAGUUCUGUUGUUACAACACAAAUGUGUGCCAUCAUAAAAUAUGUAUCCCGGUAACAGUACAGUGCUCAGCUUGAUAGCCAGUUGCCAUAGAAACACAAAUGCCGUUCAUGGUUUCUGUAGAGGUUCCAAGUUGCACAGUAUAGUGCAUAGUGCUGAGAACGGCAUCUUUUUUUCCCAUUUGUAACUUGAAAAAAGACAUUUGAAAAAAAAGGUUACACACGAAGUCUCCUAAUUCCAAAACUUAAGAGGUAAUAUAUAGUUUCAGAAGAACACGAGAGUUUUGACAAUCAGAAAUAUUUUUUACAGAUGUGAAAUCUGAACGAAAAAAUUUUCUGAAUUAGAAUUUAUACCGUUUUUAUAACUGUAUAGUCACAAAGGGGCAUUACUAUUUGUUGUUCAUUGAAGAAAAAAAUGGAGACUUCUGUGCUUUUAAAGACUUACGUUUCUGAACAGACUAUUGACAGAAAGUGCUGUGAUGUAAGAAGUGCUGUGAGAUCUUGUAAAUAUUGUUGUUAAACUGUUGUGCUAUUAUUAAUUAUUAUUAUUAUAUGGUAAUUGUUGUGAUGUUAGUUUUUUGGGGGCAUGACAGGGGGAUUUAAAUAUUUUUCUUCCCGGUCACAUUGUAUGUUCUCUAGUUCGGCCAGUAAGCACUGCAGCAACAUAUUGUUAUAUUUUGAUUUUAUUAUUAAUUUUAACCUUUUUUUACCCCAUUUGUGCCCUUGUAAUACAGAUAGAUACGAUGUAAUCAUGAUAGCAAAAUAUUUCAAAUGUUUUAUGCAUACCUAACUGGAAUAUUAAAGUUGAUAAAAAAAAAUCGCAAAUUUCGCUACAGUUUUCCUUUAAUUUUUUUUUUAACUUAUGACAAUAAUUUCAUUAAAGAGUUGACAGUAUAUGGUUUUACCGUUGUUGUGUAACUGUUUCAUUUUUGUCUGAUAAUACUAAUUUCUUUUGAAAUUUAUCGUAGGUACUUUUUAUCAGGUAAUAGAAGUAAAAUUCCUGCGACUCAUUUCACAAAAAUCUUGCGAGAAAGUAAGUUAUGAACAUUUCAGUAUAACUUAUGAUCAGUUUUUGUUGUGCAAGAUUUUUUUGUGAAUAGAGGCUCAGGUCUUUGAUCUAUAAAGAAGAAUCUUUGUUAAUUUUAAAUUUUUUGUCUGAUACUGCAAUUAGAAAAACAACGUUACCAUUAGAUUUUAUUUUCAUUUGUAAAGCUUGAAGAACAGAAUAUAAUGGAGCAUGGUUGUGAUAUGUGGCCUCUUAAUUUAGCUAAAGUUGUGUGUACAAUAAUAUAGGGCAAGGGACUUAAUUCAAAUUGAAUGUUCCUUCAGUCACAGUUAAUUGAUAUUUUAUUUUCCCAAACAUUUUUUAACUGUUGAAGAAAACAAAGAUUUUAUUACAGUUUGGUUUCAUAGUGAAUUUCUAUUUUCAAGGUAAACAUGCCAUCGAAAAAAUCCCAAAACAGUCCAAAUAGGACAUUAAAAAAAAAAAAGUGUUGGGGAAAAUAUGAAUCAAUUUACUGUCUCUGUAAUUUUAAUGUAGAGUUAUAAUGUUAUCAAAUGUUGAAACAUAUGCCUGUUUACAUUUAAUCACAUGACUUAUUUCAUUGGUUUACAUUUAAUCACAUGACUUAUUGCAUUGAUGAAUAUUCAAUAAUAUAGUGCUGCUGAAAUGCCAUUAUAAGUGUAUAGAAUUUACUGUAAGCCUGUAUGAUGUUCCAGUGAGGCCAAAAAAAAAUAUAGUAGUGUUUCCUGCCUCCCUACCUACCCUACAUUUUCAUGCCUACCUUAAAACUUUUAUGGACAUAUUUGGUUAAGCACUAUUAAAGUCUAAACAUAAAGUCCAGAAUAUUUCUCUAUAUAGUCUUGUGUAAAAUAUUUUAAAAAAUAAAAUCUUUUUACCUCCUAUUUUCUUUUGCCAGGAGACAGGAAACAGAAAACAAGUAUAUAUUUUUGUUUGGCCUGAUUAGAUUUCAGAAUUCAAUAAAACAUUAGAGGGUUAUCAAAGCACAUUAGUUUAAGCAUUGAAGAUUGACUAAAGCAAGUGGUUCUCCUGUUUUGCACACUUUGUGUAGAAUAUGUUUUAAAAAAAAGAUUGCAUUUCCUGACUGAAGGGAACAGAAAAAAAAUGAAUAGGAUGAAACUCCAUAAAUAUGUAGACUAAAGGUAAAUGAUGCAACUUUUCAUGUUUUUUUUUCGUUUGUUUGGUAUCUCAGUUUCAAUUUUGUACCAACACUGUUUUUCUAAUAUUUAAUUGUUUUUAUAUAGUAAAAGCUCCAGUGUUAAUAUACAUGGGAUUUUUUUCAGGGGUAUACAAACCUUACUUUUAUCUUCCAAAAUAAAACACUUGUGUAAAGGAAAAUUAGCAAUUGUGAUAGACAUUAAGGAUUAGUAUAGAUGUGCUUAAAUUGAUUAAUGAAAAAUGUUUACAAACAAAAGAAAAAUGGUGUUUUAGAAGUGAAUAUUUUUGUGUUCAAUAAUGGCAUUGUUUCAAACAUUUGUAAUAAAUUUGUAAUUAAAUGGCAUUGGAUGUAGUUUACGGGUGUCAGACUAUCAUGUAUUUUUGUCCAUUUUGGCGUUCCAUAGAAUCAUUUAUUUGCAGGUGCUAUAUUAUGUCACAUUUGUAAUUACUUCAUUUGUAAGAAAUAUAACGAGGUUUAUGGAGUUGCCUCCCCUUGGCAGCAUAACAUCUUGUUGACUUGUUCAUUACAAAGAACAACUGAUUUUAAAGAAUUGGAUAUCCAUGCGGCACUUAAAAUUAUUAUUGUUACUUCUCUCAGUGGCGUCCUUUGAGGUUUCAUCACAUAAAUGGUGGGUUUAAACUACCAAAAAAGGGGGGUGGCGUCUGUAGGAAUAGUAACCCUGGAAGAAUAAAAGAAAACUAAUAUUCCAUAAUGGUAUUGGCAUUCUUAAAUUAUAAGUUAAAACUUAAGAACAUUUUAUGAUUCAACAAUUUCUGAAACAGAGAAAUUUACCUUUUCACUCCCAAUAACCUUAAACAACAAGUACCUUCUUAAAUUUUUGUUUUUGUAAUUGUCUAUUAUCUUGAAAUAUUCUGUAGAGCCAGACUUGGGUCUCUUGCAUAUGCUAUUUAGGUCACUUUUGGAAGAAUUAUAAAUUUGUACUGUAGUUGAAACUAGAAAUUAAAACAGUUGUAAAAAGUAAUGAUACAUGUUACAAUUUCAAGUUGAAAGGGAAACAUUCAAAUCUAUAUUUUCUAAGGAACCAUUGAGAUAGAACAAGCUUUGAUAUGCAAUUCAUUGAGAACAGUUUAUGUAUCAUACACUCUUUACCAUAGACAGUCUAGUUUCAUACAAAGAGUUAAUUAAAUGAGAAUUUCAUGUUCAAGAAUAGGGUAAGUCCGGAAUAAUAAACUUCAUCAGUAUUCUAUGUGGAAGAUAGCUUAUUACAUUAAAUAAUGCUGGAUUGAAAAUUACAAUAAAAUGACAUAUAUGUCAAUAUACAUUUGUGAAAAAGAAAAUACCAGUUUAUGUAUAUUCUUGAGCAUGCAGAUUCUUUUUCUGCAGUUAAAUUUGAUUUUUAUAUUAAUUUUUAUUUGAUGACGAAUCACGUUUGAAUUUACUUCGUACCAAGUAUCACUUCUGUAGGUUAAUAUAUUUUUGUUUAUUAAAAGAGAAAUGUAAAGGGUUAACUUGCUGAAGGCAUAUGAUAACUCUGAUUUCCACUGCCAUGAAAAAAACACAAAUUAAGAGAGUCAAAUAUAAGACAAUUAAGACUUUUUAGCUCACCGGGGCCCAAAGGGCCCCAUCUGAGCUUAUGCCAUCACUUGGCGUCCGUCGUCUGUCGUCGUCGUCUGUCGUAGUAAACUAUUUAAAUAAUCUUCUCCUCUGAAACUACCUGGCCAAAUACCUUCAAACUUUAACUAAAUGUUCCUUAGGGUAUCUAGUUUAUAAAUUUUAUCCGAAGUUUUGAUCCAUCGACAAACAUGGCCCCCAUGGCUAAAAAUAGAACAUAGGGGUCAAAUGCAGUUUUUGGCUUAUAUCUCAAAAACUAAAGCUUUUAGAGCAAAUGUGACAUAUGGGGUAAAAUUGUUCAAUUGGUCAAGAUCUAUCAGCUCUGAAAUUUUCAGACGAAUCGAACAACCCAUUGUUGGGUUGCUGCCACAGAAUUGGUAGUUUUAACAAAAUUUUGCAGUUUUUUGUUAUUAUUUUGAAUAUUAUUAUAGAUAUAUAUAAACUGUAAGCAGCAAUAAUGUUCAGCAAAGUAAGAUCUAAAAAAAAGUUAAUAUGACCAUAAUUGUCAAUUGACCCGUUAAGGAGUUAUUGCCCUUUAAAGACAAUUUUACACAAUUUGUUCAUCAAGUUUGCUAACAUUUAAAAAUCUUCUCCUCUGAAAUACAGGUGAACGAUUCAGGCUCUUGAGAGCCUCUUGUUAUUUAUAUCUGAACAAUAUAUUGAAAAUCUUUGUAUGAAAUAAGUAUCUAUAUGUAAUGAGUAACAAAUAUUUUGUUUACAUGGAAAAUUUGAUCAGGCAAAAAUAUAGAUAAGACAGUUUUAGUUUUCUGAUAGAUUGGCAAUAUCUGUAAUUUAGCAGAAAUCUUCAAAAUAUAUAUAUUAGUACAUGAUCAAAUUUUUCAUGUGUUUAUGUAGUCAUUUAUCUAAUAAUGCAAUGAAAAUAACAUCGGAGUCUUGUGAUAAGAGUUAUAUUAUGCAGGGACAAGAUACACCUAUCAUUUGGUCUUUGGCUUUCUUGUUAUGUCAUGUAGGAUAUUUUGGGACAGUCCCUCAACAGAAAGUUGGGACUGCACCUGAAUCUCACACUAAACAGUAUCUUGUAAUAUGAAGCUGCUUGAUGUAAAUAGAAAAUUACAAAACCGAAAAGUAAGACCUGGGAGGGGGUUGGGUGAAGGGCACUUAAAUCAUACGAGGAAGGGGUGCGCAGCCGAGACUGAUACUUCCAGUACUCAAACCUUUUCAAAUAUUUUGAAUAUUACGAAAUAAUACACCCUGUCAUAUAUUUUUUGGACAACUAAUUGAUGUAUUACGCUAUUUCAGACCAGUUUUUGAACGGCUAAUCAAACAUAAAUAUUAGUACUUACAUUUCAAGUCUUCUGAUUAGUUUCACACACUUAUAAUAUAAUCAAACAAGCUUAUUACCUCAACCUUAUAUGUUUCAUCUUAAUUUCCCACUUUUGUCAUAUAUAAUGAAGCUUGAAAUAGUGUCCUCUCAGGGCAGCUCAACCAUACCCUUCAAUUGAUAGGUGGGAGGGGUAAAGCAUUAACUAUUGAAACUUAAUAUUAAGCUAAUUUCAAGUAACAAUUGUAUAAGAUUAAAAAAAACAACGAACAAAGCAAACGGUUUGAUGAUAGGUGUACCUUUUUUAACAUAGGAGAAGAAUAACAUCAUUUGUUUAUAUGCUCUGACCAAACUGAGUAUUGUUAUUGACAUUGUUAAAUUGAUGUGCUUUAAUGAUUUUGAAUAAAUGUUUGUUUAGAUUACAA